AUGACGACCACUCUCCACCUUCGAUCAGAAUCCAAGCCACUCGAGCACCGAUCUGCGUUAACCCCCACGACGACCAAGGCUCUUCUCAAUGCCGGAUACACAGUGAAUGUUGAGCGGAGUCCCGAAAGGAUAUUUGAUGACUCCGAGUUCGAAGAAGUUGGCGCCACACUGGUCCCCGAGGGUUCAUGGGUCGAUGCUCCUACCGAUCACAUUAUUGUCGGCCUCAAGGAGCUACCUGAGGAUAAGUUUGCGCUUAAACACACCCAUGUCCAAUUCGCACACUGCUACAAAGGCCAGGGCGGUUGGCAAGAAGUCCUCUCUCGUUUCCCUCAGGGCGGUGGCACCCUCCUCGACCUGGAGUUUCUCACAGAUGAUGUCGGCCGUCGAGUCGCCGCCUUUGGCUAUCACGCCGGUUAUGCCGGCGCUGCCCUUGCCCUCGAGACUUGGGCAUAUCAGCUGCAGAAUCCCUCCGCGAAGGAAGGGCUUGCCGCAGUCUCCAGCUACGCCAACCAAGACCUCCUCCUUGCUGAUGUGCGUUCAUGCCUUCAAGAGGGCGCCAAGAUUGCUGGCCGUCAACCCCGUGUCCUUGUCAUUGGCGCCCUAGGCCGUUGUGGUCGUGGCGCCGUUGACCUGUGCACGCAGGCUGGAAUCCCCGAUGAGAACAUUCUGAAGUGGGAUAUGGCCGAGACGGCCAAAGGUGGCCCGUUUUCCGAAAUCGUCGAAUCCGAUAUCUUUGUAAACUGCAUCUACCUCUCUGACCCUAUUCCACCAUUUCUCAACGAAGAGUCUCUUUCCUCGGACAAACGAAAUCUCUCAGUCGUAUGUGACGUUUCCUGCGACACCACCAACCCGCACAACCCCGUUCCCAUUUACACCGAGAACAGCACAUUCUCGAACCCAACGUUACCGGUCAAGGGAUACAAAAAUCCGCCCCUGUCGGUCAUCUCAAUUGAUCACCUCCCUAGCCUGCUCCCUCGCGAGGCCAGCGAAGCCUUCAGCGAGGCACUACUUCCCAGCCUGCUCACGCUGAAUGACCGCAAGACUUCGCGUGUGUGGCAGCAGGCCGAGGAGUUAUUUGAUAGCAAAGUUGGCACUCUACCUGAAGCAAUGAGAGGCUGA